AUGGCAGAGAAGCUGACACUGGCCGAUGAUGCAAAGGGCAUCUGUGAAGAGGUGGUGGCGCGGCACUUCAUGCCAGUGGUGAGGUACCAGCAUGAUAAGGUUCCUGCAAUGGUUACAGCCAUCACGGAAAAUAUAGUGCAGCGGUUAACUCAAGAAGCAGCGCUUCCCAGAAAGUAUAUAGCACAUUCCGCCAUUUUUCAAAAAAAUGGCGCCGGAUUUCACGCGUUGUCGGCAUGCUCAUGGAAUCCCGCGAGCGAUGCGUGCUAUGUGUACCAUGCAGAGAAUAAGGCGAUGCACUGUGUCGUGACCGUGUACGGUGUGGUGGCCUAA